CGAUACCAUCUACUCGUGACAUUAAUUCGCGAUUGGUUAACAAUGACCUCAGCUUAAACGUCGGGCAUAUCUUCGCUGUGAGUAAAACAGUGACAGAAUGAAAUUUUCAUCUUUGUCUUUAGGAUCGAAGGUUCACGAAAGUCGUUCGACACAUUAUAUCGUAAUUCCUUCAGUUUUAGAUUGUCAUUCGUGCACCAAGGUUACUAGAGGGAAGCUUGGACAUUCUAAACGUUCGUUUCACUGUGAAUAUUGUUUAAAAUCUAGUUAAAUUGUUGUUACUUGUGUUAUUUUUCUGUUCCAACUUGUAAUAUUUGUUUAACAAGUUGUUUAAUUUCUAAAUACUUUAUAAGGAGGAGCACCUAUAACCGCUUUUUCGAGUUGAGGGGUACACACACUCAACUCAAUUCCUGCUAAGGAUUCUUUAGAAGUCAACAUUUUUAGAAGAGGACAAGGCGAAUUUAUUUCCCUGUCAGCAUGGCCGCUGCCAACAAAACUACCCACUUAUGUGGAUCCUACCGAGAAAGUGUUUCCCACAAAUCGGCAAGAAAUAAACAUUUGUGGUACGAUAACGACAGGCCCUAUAAUGGACAAAGAGGAAUUUCUUGGAAACGAAAUUGCGGAUUUGGAUUCGUACGUUUGUGUAAAUCCGUACGACGUGAAUCCGCUAUUAGACAGUACAGAUUUGCGCUCUCUAACGCUACGAACCGAUAUUCCGCUCAAGGUCGAAUCCAGUGCCACUCCACCAAGCCAAUCCGCAAUAAACGGAGGCAUGUUUUACGAGACCCAAAAGAGAAUCAAAUUGGAAAUGGAGGAAUUUGGAGAUCUCUCCCCAUUCGUUUCACAAAGACAAAUAAUCUCAAAUUCCGUACAUGAACUUCAAACACCGAUUUUUGAUAAGUCUGCUUUCGAUUACAAUUCAAGCAUCUAUCAGAAAAACGCCCAGGCAGAUUUACACGUCAAGUUGAAAUACGAUGCACUCUACCUCGGCAAUAAUCGCCAAGGCGAUAUGUCACAUAAUUCGGAGAUUACGCAUCGAAAUAUUCCAACUUCAAUUAAUAAUCAACAAUAUUAUGAUACAACUAUAUAUUCACCUACAUCAGAAAACGGUACAUACAUCGAAAGGAAAUCGUCUAGUGCUACUUUGUUCGAUUUCGAUAUGAACGAUAGUGUUAGUGUUAAUUCUAAUGGACAUUCUUCUUAUCCGUCGCCUACGAUGGACACUAAUAAUUUAAUGACGGUUGAAACGCCCAACAAAAUCGAAGAAUCGACUUCAACGUCGAAACCUCGACUAUUUUUGGAUAUUGGAUUGAAACAACAAUCUAAUGUUUAUGAUAUUAACACGCCCAGUAUAAUAGCCGAAGUAGUCAGUUUGGAAUCGACCGGUUUCAAUAUCUUAGAUCUUGUUAACGACGAUCAGCUCGAUUUGGUAAACAAUGACAUCUUUACGACGACUACGACAACACCUUCCCCGACGCCUAUGUUUAUUACGAACCAAUCUGAGUGUUUACCAACUUUAAAUAGAUCGACAGACAAACGACCGAAAAAACGACGGCAGCUAAGCGACGAUGACGAAGAUUACGUUCCACCUAUGAAGAAAACUUCGAAGAAUGUAGUUCGAAGACGUAAAACGUCGUAUUGUACAGAUGUCGAUAGUGACGAGGAGGAAGAAGACAAACCGAAAAGGAAAGCGAGGGGAAGGCCGCCUAAAAGAGCUGAAUCUGUUUCAUCGGAAAGUUCCAAAGAUACAGAUAUUUCAAAAUACAGAGAAUUGAGGGAUAAAAAUAAUGAAGCUUCUAGAAAAUCUCGACUAAAAAGAAAAAUGAAAGAAACUGAAUUGGAAACCGAAGCGAAUGAACUUCACAACCGGAAUAUUAAAUUGAAAGCACAAGUUGAAGAACUAGAAAAAAUGGUUACUAACUUUAGGGAUAAUCUUUUUAAAAUAAUGAUUAACAAGUAGUUGUAAUAAGUAUUUUAACAUAACAUAUCUAAUAGAAACUAUAUUUCUUUGCAAACUAUGAAGAUUUGUUAUGUUUUUUUUAAUCUAAUAUAUAGUCAUACAGUGUGUUCAUAGAUUUCAAAUUUCUAUAAGAAACUUAUUUUGGUACACACUAUAUGAUAAUUUUUUACUAGUUCGUUUACUAUAUCGAUUUGGGUAUUUUUUUGGGUGGACCUGGCUAUUUGUUUCAUUUGGGUUCACCCUGAGAUCUUAUAGUAAGAUCGACUUGUGUGUUGAUAUAUAUUUUUUUUAUUAUAUUAAUGAAGAUGAACACUAACCGCACGAAACUGUUAAAAUGUAUGUACCUGCAUAUACUGUUAUUAAAGAUAUAUUUUGUAGAAUCUUAA